AUGGUCAGGGGUCAUCAAAGGGCAGCUGUCCACUAUAAAGGGGCCUGUCUGCAACUCAGACUGCACACAGCAGCCUGAGACCAGCUGGAGGAAGGAAGGAAGGCAGCGAGGAAGGAAGGAGCUCUUGUGUAGAUUUAGUGAGUUUUUGGCUAAAAUGGAAACUAGAAUACUGACAGUUCUCUGCACACUCGUGCUCAGCUCUUGGGGGAUUGUUUUCUCCACCCAGGGCCACAGAUAUCGCGCAGGCCUCGAGAAACAAUUAUCAUUCAGAAAUCUCUCGUCCAGUCAUCGCAGCAGAUACCCUCUGUACAUGAUGCAGCUGUACCGCUCCUUCAGAACCGCUGACUCCUCAGCGCCCGUAGCUGUCAACACCAUCAUUUCACAUGGGGACAAACCGUCAGCUUACAGCUCUGAUUCUGUCCUCAGUCUAAUGGCCAGAGGUUGUCAUCAAGUGGGUGAAAGAUGGACCGUGACGUUUGACAUGUCAACCGUCUCUGCCAGUGAACUUGUUCAGAUGGCAGAGCUGAGGAUCAGACUGCCAGCUUUCUCUGCCUCAAAACGAGCCACUGUGGAUUUAUAUCACUCCGGAAAGCAGACCUGUGACCUGAGCAGCACAUCGUGCCACGACGAGCCCCUUUUCCUGGGGAGUUUUAACACUUCAGCGGGCAGCAAAAAGUCUUCCUGGAAGGUUUUUGAUGUGACUGCACUCUUAAAAUACAGACUGUUCCAAGGAGAUGGGGUCUCAAGCCAGGAGGCCUCAGGAGAUUCUGAGGCAGAGCAUGGGAGCGGUGCCGGGGAAGAAGGGGACAAGUCCUUCUUCAAGAAUUUGGAAGCGAGGCAAAGAAAAAUACAUCAUCCAAUAAUGAACCGGGUCAUGAUGGUCGUCUUCUCCAAGCAUAACCUGCCUCAGGAAGGCCAUGCAGCGUACAGUAUCAUUCACACUGUGGAGAACUCAAAAUAUGUGACCAUGGACAGAGACAGCAGUGAAAGUCAAAGUCGUCGCCACAAGAGGAACAGGAUGGAGAGGGUGAGAGUGGCCGCUGGAACCGGACCGACAGCAGAGCCGGUCCAGAGGCCGCUGUGCCGGAAGGUGGACAUGUGGGUGGACUUUGAUCACAUUGGCUGGGACGAGUGGAUUGUGCAUCCCAAGCGGUACAAUGCGUAUCGCUGCGAGGGAGAGUGUCCCACACCGCUGGAUGACUCCUUCCAUCCUAGCAACCAUGCUUACAUGCAAAGCCUCUUGCGACAUCACCAUCCAGAAAGAGUGACUUGCCCGUCAUGUGUACCGACACGCCUCAGUCCACUGUCCAUGCUUUACAUCGAGAACGACGACCUGACCCUGCGACAUCACGAGGACAUGAUCGUAGAAGAGUGUGGUUGUCACUGAGGGCCCGGCCGUCACUGCUCUCACCAC